UCUGCUACCCAAGCAAGGUGAGACUCGGCACGCCCGAGCGACUGAAACAAGAAGAGGGGACAGCGCAGGGGUCUGUAUGUCAGCGAAAGGUAGGGAAUCCAAGUAUCAGAAAAGGGUAUCGUUUUCCGAGGGAGAAGAUGAACAGUGCUGGAAAGAGGAAAACGGCGGCGUGGAUGCACAUCACGUGAAGUCUGUGAAGACUUUUAGAGAGUCGUCGGGGUGCUAUCGAUACAACGUGAAGACCUUUGACUCCUUCUCCGCCCGGAGGAUGACCCUGCCACGUGAGAAGGGUCGGCGCCAGGCGGUGCGCGGGCCGGCGUUCAUGUUCACCUCGCGGGGGAGCAGCCUGACGCUGGAGGAGGAGCGCUUCCUGGACGCUGCCGAGUACGGAAACAUACCUGUGGUGCGCAAGAUGCUGGAGGAGUCGUGCACGCUUAACGUCAACUGCGUGGACUACAUGGGGCAGAACGGGCUGCAGCUCGCCGUGGGCAACGAGCACCUGGAGGUGACAGAACUGCUUCUGCGCCGUGAGAACCUGGCACGCGUUGGCGACGCCCUGCUGCUGGCCAUCUCCAAGGGCUAUGUGCGUAUCGUGGAGGCCCUGCUGGGCCACCCGUCGUUCGCAGGCGGCGAGCGGCUCACGCGAAGUCCCUGCGAGCUGCAGGAAGACGACUUCUACUCAUAUGACGAAGACGGCACGCGCUUCUCACCCGACAUCACACCCGUUAUCCUGGCGGCGCACUGCCAGAAGUACGAGGUGGUGCACAUGCUGCUGAUGAGGGGCGCCCGCAUCGAGCGCCCGCACGACUACUUCUGCAAGUGCUCUGACUGCACGGAGAAGCAGAAGAAGGAUUCUUUUAGCCAUUCGCGCUCCCGGAUCAACGCAUACCGAGGGCUGGCCAGCCCUGCGUACCUGUCGCUCUCCAGUGAAGACCCUGUCCUCACUGCCCUGGAGCUCAGCAAUGAACUUGCCAAGUUGGCCAACAUCGAGAAGGAGUUUAAGAAUGACUACAGGAAAUUGUCUAUGCAGUGCAAAGACUUUGUGGUGGGUGUGUUGGACCUGUGUAGGGACACGGAGGAGGUGGAGGCUAUCCUGAACGGAGACAUCUCAGCUGAGCUGGAGGAGGGACAGCAUCACCGCACCCUCCUCAGCAGAGUCAAACUGGCCAUCAAAUAUGAAGUCAAGAAGUUUGUGGCUCAUCCUAACUGUCAGCAACAGCUGUUGACUAUCUGGUACGAGAACCUGUCUGGUCUGCGGGAGCAGGCCAUUGCUGUGAAGUGUCUGGUGGUGCUGGUAGUGGCCCUGGGCCUCCCGCUCCUGGCUGUGGGCUACUGGUUUGCUCCAUGCAGUAAGCUGGGUAAAGUCCUCCGCAGCCCCUUCAUGAAGUUUGUGGCGCAUGCGGCCUCCUUCAUCAUCUUCCUGUGUCUGCUCGUCUUCAACGCGUCGGACCGUUUCGAGGGCAUCACCACCUUGCCCAACAUCACGGUGACGGAUCACCCGCUCCAGAUCUUCAGGGUGAAGACCACUCGCUUCACCUGGACAGAGAUACUCAUUAUGAUCUGGGUGGCAGGCAUGAUGUGGUCGGAGUGCAAGGAGCUGUGGACAGAGGGGCCGCGGGAAUAUGUCUUGCAGCUGUGGAAUGUUCUGGACUUUGGCAUGUUGUCCAUCUUCAUCGCAGCGUUCACCGCACGGUUCUUCGCCUUCCUGCAAGCCAUGAAGGCACAGGAGUAUGUGGACGAGAAGAUCCACGCCCCCGACCUGUCCGUGGUCACACUGCCACCUGACAUCAAGUACUUCACGUACGCCCGGGAUAAGUGGCUCCCCUCCGACCCGCAGCUGAUCUCGGAGGGGCUGUACGCCAUCGCCGUGGUGCUGAGCUUCUCCCGCAUAGCCUACAUCCUGCCUGCCAACGAGAGCUUUGGCCCACUGCAGAUCUCCCUGGGCCGCACCGUCAAAGACAUCUUCAAAUUUAUGGUGCUCUUCAUCAUGGUCUUCCUCGCCUUCAUGAUCGGCAUGUUUAUCCUCUACUCGUACUACCUGGGAGCCAAGGUUAACCCUGCUUUUACCACAGUUGAGGAGAGUUUUAAGACCCUGUUUUGGUCCAUAUUUGGCCUGUCUGAAGUCUCCUCGGUGGUACUGAAGUAUGAUCAUAAGUUCAUUGAGAACAUUGGCUAUGUGCUUUAUGGGAUAUACAACGUUACCAUGGUAGUGGUUCUACUCAACAUGCUGAUUGCUAUGAUCAACAGCUCCUACCAGGAAAUCGAGGAUGACUCUGACGUGGAGUGGAAGUUUGCCAGGUCCAAGCUGUGGCUGUCCUACUUCGACAACGGCAAGACGCUGCCCCCCCCCUUCAGCAUCGUGCCAAGCCCAAAGUCCUUUGUCCACUGUGCCACUAAGAUGGCAAACCUACUGCGCUGUCGCAGACGACGACUCAACAAGGGUGUGGAGCUCGGCAUGGAGAACUCCAAGUCCAGACUGAACCUCUUCACGCAGUCCAACAUGCGCAUGACCGAGUCUCACAGCUUCAGCAGUAUCCUAAACCAGCCCACACGCUAUCAGCAAAUCAUGAAGCGUCUGAUUAAGCGCUACGUCCUGAAGGCUCAGGUGGACAAGGAGAACGAUGAAGUCAACGAAGGUGAGCUGAAGGAGAUUAAACAGGACAUAUCCAGUCUUCGUUAUGAGUUACUGGAGGACAAGUCCCAGGCCACCGAGGACCUUUCUCUGCUCAUCCAGAAACUCAGCGAAAAACUCAACCUGGGUGCUGUCCAUGCACCUUGACCCGGGCGUGGAAAGCCCCUCCCUCAUUCCACAGUGAGCAGACCUUCAACAUAAGCCUGGACCCUGAAGAAUUCUACUCUGAACUCUGACCCUCAGCUGCACUCUGGCCAAACCCCUCAACAGUGUCUUGACCGGUCCAUCAACUUAGACUGCUUGACAGAUCUAAGUUCUGCCUUUGUCUCUCUGACGACAGCUCAGACACAUGCAAACGCAAUAACUCUGUCCAGGACCUACCCACUAGUUGCAAAUACAAUGCAAACAUAAUUACAUGACACAUUCAUGUCUGCUGUAACAUGGCAAGUGUGUCAGCCUGUAUGUUCAGAGUGACACUGCUGAAUUUCUAAUCUCAUGCACUCACACUGUAUUUUUGUUUAGAGUCAGUACAGGCUAACAACAGGAAAUCAUAUUUACAUAUUUAUUUGAUUGUUUGUAACACAUAGCCCUCAAAGAAUAUUGACUAAAAUAGGUUUAGAGAAUUUCAGAAAACACAGCCAGUUAUCUCUUCUGACCAGAUAUAAUUUGUGACCCACUGAAAACUCUUUGGUACACGUUUUUACAUUUUUUUUACAUUCCACUUUUCCCUGUUGUCUUUUCCAUCUGCAUGCUUAUCUCUACAUUUUCAUAGCGAAGUUCUUUAUUUGAAUCAUAUGAACUGAGAUGCAAUUCCAUAUUUACAGGACAGUGCAGGAGAUCUAACAAAACCUGAGACACAGCAACAUUUGUAAGAAUGGCUGAAGUCUGUUCUAUCUUUAGUUCCUCAAUUCUCCUCCAUUUCGUUUCAUUUACAGAGCUCUGAGAGUGAGACUGACCAACCGCCCAGCGAUCCAGUCAUGCUUAGACCUGUUUUAAAUAUGACAGAUAAUGGAUGGAGCUUCUUUGAUUUCUCUGAAAAAAUUACACAACAGAUGUGAGUAGUGCAAGGGAUUCAAUCAGUAGCUAUUGUACAUCUUGUGAACCUGCAGUUCCUCGUGUGGAAAAGCAACACACAGGUGACACCCCACGAGUCUUGGUGGCUUGUCUUGCUCUGAGGUCUCACUUGUAAAAGUCAGGGAGGGUCUUCUGAGAGAAAGACAACAUCAUCACAUCAGUGGUCAGACCUGGAGGUACCUCAUACACCGAGAAUAAUGAUUAGUUGGUACACAAGUUCAGUGAACUUGUUUUUCGUUUCCCUAUUUAUUUGUCUAAUUUAUUUAUUUCUGUGGCUUUGUGCAAUUUUUUUUUUUCAUGCAUUGUGUUGUUGCAUACAGCUGUGACUCUGUAUGGUAGCCCGAGUAUAUUAUCCCUGUAGAAUAGCCUAAAACCAAUAUACUAGUAUUUUCAAACAAAUUAGAACUGGCAGGGAUAUAAUUUGACAUAUUUAAUGAAUACAUGUAUGUGCCCAUCAUAGUAAACGUGUCGUUCAUAGAUCAUUUUGCUUUUAAUCUGCAAAUAAUUAAAAAACAGAAGCGGUUUGGGAUACAGGAGUGGGGAACACACCAGUCGAGGGUCAAUGAGCACCUGAAAGCAUUUAAUCCAAAGGAUUAGGAUUAAGGAGUCACAGGAUUGACGCAUAAUAUCUUGUCAAUGCAUUAAUGAUGUGGUAUUGAUAGGAAUUAUAAAUCCUAAUUUCAGAGAUGAUCGUAGAUAUUACACGCUGCUAGCGGAAUAUUUCUCAGGUGACGACUGCACAGAUCACAUUCUGAACUGACUAAAUUUAGAUCAACAAAUUAACUGUUGUAGUUCCUUUAAUAUAUUGACAUACAAUAUUUUUUAAAUUCCACUUAAGUUUAUUAUUGUUGUAAAAGGUGAAAAUAAACACCUGGUGUGUACAGUUAUAGCCUGUACAGUAACUAAGACUGUACGUCUGCGUUGAUUUGGUGGAUCACAGAUUCGCUCAACAACUGAGGAAUAUUCAAGAAUAUUGAAAGUGUAUUUAACUGAAAACAGUCUGGAUUAUUUUCUCCUUUCUUUUUCCAUUCUCGUCUCCAUCAUUGCUAGAUGUUUAAGAUAUGCAUUUUCUUGUGAUGUCUUUAGUUCAAUUUGAUCCAUAAGAAAUAUUAUAAAACAUUACAGAAAUAUGAAGAAUUAUACAAAUAUGGUUGUAUUAUGAAAAUAUUAAGACCAAA